AUGCGGCUCCCGCUCGGGACCAUCGCCUUCAUCGCAUUCCUGGGCCCCGCGUCCCAAGUGAUCGCGAUAUCACCCGCCGAUAUUCCCUCCGAUACCCCAGUCUCGAAGCUGUUGGAAUCGGCUAAGGCUAGUUUCGCUGCGGGAGAAGUGCAAGACUCCCUCAUAUACUACGAUGUGGCCAUUCAACGGGAUCCGAAAGACUACGUUGCGCUGUUCAGCCGGGCCACCACAUACCUUUCCCUCGGUCGACACUCGCAGGCGCUGAACGAUUUCGAUAAAAUCCUCGCGAUCAAACCCGACUUCGAAAGCGUCUUGGUCCAACGCGCAAAAAUACGAGCCCGGGAAGGGCAUUGGGAGUCGGCGCGGAAAGACUACGAGACGCUGGGGAGCAAGGCAACGCAGGAGCUCGCCGAAUUGAACGAGGCGGAGAGAGCGGCUAAAGAAGCCGGCAUCGCGGCGAAAAAGCAGGACUGGGAAACCUGUGUGAACAGCGCCGGAAUCGCGAUACAAGUUGCUGGAGGGGUUUCGGAGCUGCGGAGAAUCCGCGCGCAAUGUCGCUUCGAGCGAGGGGAGACCAUGGAGGCGAUUGGAGACCUACAGCACAUGCUCCAAGGCGGUUCCGAGUCGAUUGAGCCGCACCUACAAAUAUCCGCGACCCUAUUCUAUGGUCUGGGAGAGACCGACAAAGGCGUGGCACAGGUCGUGAAGUGCUUGCAAUCGGACCCCGACUCGAAACCAUGCAUGCAGAUGCGAAGGAAAGAGAAAGCGAUCGUCAAACAACUCAAGAAAGUCAACGACUUUGUCGAAAAGGGCCGACUUUCACAGGCUACUGCCCUUCUGGUUGGGUCGCAGAGUGAGGAUGGCUUGAUAAAGCAAGCAGAGGAGGAGAUGGCGGAGUACCGGAGCUCCGGGAUAAUUCCUGCGAAAACCAAUCAAGGCCUUCGGACCACGCUCGUCGAGAUGACAUGCGAGGCCUACGUUAAUAUGAACAACAUGAAGAAAGGCGCGAAGUAUUGUGACGAAGUGUUGGCAUUCAAUCCCACCCAUCUCGAGGCGUUGGUCGCCAAGGCGCAGAAGCAGAUGGACGAAGAGCUCUGGGAGCCAGCGAUCCAUACGUUGAACGAAGCCAAACAACAUCAUUCACAGAACCACCGCGUCCUAGAGAUGCUGCAAAAGGCACAGAAGGCGCAUAAGAAGUCACAACAAAUAGACUAUUACAAGAUCCUCGGAGUGUCCCAGGAUGCAAACGACAGAGAGAUAAAAAAGGCCUACCGAGGGCUCACCAAACAGUUCCACCCUGACAAGGCGUCCGCUCAAGGCAUGUCGAAGGAAGCUGCUGAGAAGAGGAUGGCCGAGAUCAACGGCGCCUACGAAAUCCUGAGCGAUCCGGAACUACGAGCGCGUUUCGACAAUGGCGAUGAUCCAAACAACCCACAGCAACAACAAGGUGCUCCGUUCCAAGGAUCGCCGUUCGGAGGACCGGGAGGCCAGCAGUUCUUCUUCAGGCAAGGAGGAGGAGGGGGAGGGUUCAGGUUCCCGGGUGGGGGCCAGUUCAAGUUCGAAGGUGGCUUUUGA